GCGGUUGUACACAAAGGCAAUACGAACUUUAUCAGUUAGCAAAACAUUAGCCGUAAUCAAAAAGUUAAAAUUUGUAGUAUUUCAAGUGCAAUAAUUGUGCAAAGUAAUCCAACAUGACAUUCUUCAAAUCAUUUGAAUUCCGUGCCUUUGGUAGCAACCAUUGCAUACCGUUGCCACUGAUAGUAAAUGUGAUAAUCUCGUUCGGGGCCUUCUACGUUGGUCAACAGCUGAUCCCACGCAUGAAGACGAUGUUUCUAAAUGCGAAUCUCUCCGGUGUUGACAUGAACAAGCGUAAUAAAGCCAAGAUUCCAGAGGCUUUCGGCGUUGUAACGGGUUGUAUAUUCCUGGUUUCAUUGUUCCUCUUUAUUCCGAUACCGUUUAUGACCAACUUAUCAAAUGGGGAUACUGGAGAGUUUCCUCAUCAUAAGUUCGUCGAAUUCAUUGCAGCCAUGCUGUCGAUCUGCUGUAUGAUACUGUUAGGAUUUGCUGACGACGUACUCAAUUUACGGUGGCGUGAUAAGCUAUAUCUUCCAACGAUAGCAUCGCUACCUUUGUUGAUGGUUUACUACACGAAUUUUAAUUCGACAACGAUAAUUCUCCCGAAGUAUGUUUCCUCGCUCUUGGGCACUUCGCUCGAUAUCGGUGUGCUGUAUUACAUCUACAUGGGUAUGCUGGCGGUGUUUUGUACCAAUGCAAUCAACAUUCUAGCCGGAAUCAAUGGACUGGAAGUGUGUCAAUCGUUGGUUAUUGCCGUGUCGAUCGUUUUCUUCAAUCUGAUCGAGAUCUUUGCUGGGAACUGUAAGGAAGCGUACGAGUUUUCGCUUUAUAUAAUGCUGCCCUACAUAGGCGCAACACUUGCCUUGUGGAAAUAUAAUCGGUAUCCUUCGCAGGUUUUUGUGGGAGACACUUUCAACUAUCUGUCGGGAAUGACAUUCGCUGUGGUUGGCAUUCUGGGUCAUUUCAGUAAAACAGUACUGCUCUUCUUCAUCCCGCAAGUAAUAAAUUUUGUGUACUCUGUUCCGCAACUUUUUCGCUUCAUUCCUUGUCCGAGGCACCGACUUCCCAAACAUGACCCAGCAACGGAUUUGCUCAACUACAGCAAGACUCAGUUCCGGAUAAGCGAACUUAACAUUGUAGGAAAAUUGUGCUACAACAUAUUCAAACUGCUGCGAUUAAUUCGGUUCGAAGAAAGCGAGGAUGGAACCGUUAGUUGUAAUAAUUUUACAAUAAUAAAUUUUACCAUACUGAUUACAGGGCCCAUCAGAGAGGACAAGUUGAAUAACCUGCUAACUAUAUUCCAGAUAAUUUGUACUCUAUUUGCAUUUACCAUUCGAUAUCCACUAGCGCAUUACUUCUACGAUACGAUUAAACAAUAAGUUGACUACAGCUGUAAGUUUCGAAAGUUUCUCGAAUGCCAAAGAAACGAGUUAAAAUAUAGAAAUGUAUAAUAUGUAAUUAAAAAUAAACCAAAACGAUCUUAUCAUUUAGACCGAAAUUCUUCAUUGUUAGUUUCGGCAAUUUUCUGUCCUGACUAGCUGUGUUGGAAUUAAAAGUAAAUUUGUCAGACAACCCAUGGAAAACUAAAACUGUAAAGUUUCCGCUACGUAGGUAAAACCCUAGCCCUCAGAUGCAUUGUAUUUAGACUACAAUACGAAAUUCAGAAGUGAACUGCCAUUAUAUGAGUGAUUAAAAAAGCAAAAUUAUUUUCCUCCCAUGUGGUGAUGAAAACCACAAAGAUGUCUGUAACUACGCUUUUCACGAGCGGGAAUGAUAGAUAGUGGCUGCGUACUGCCAACCAGUUUGGUAUUGGUAUUGAUUUUAUUAGAGAGUGGUUUUAAACAUGGGAGUUCGUUCGCCACUCGCCAACCAAUUUAAGUCAUUAGGCCCUACGCUAUUUUCAGCGAGAUAAUUCGAAACUCUCAGGAAAGUUUAGUGUCGAAAGAUUAACUAACAAACCGCAGAUAUUAAUUUAUUUUAAUCCCAAUGUCACACAAUGUACGUUGUCAAAAAGGAAACACUUCUAGAGAAA